AUGGCUCCCCAGGUGGGCUCCAGGACCUCUGUCUCUGCUGCCACCGGGGACCAAGGGCCCUUCUUCCUGCGCUCCCUGCAGGGGAGGACCACAGACACGCUGUUCUGCCAGCUCUCCGAGGGCAUCUACCUGGCCAACGGGCACAUGAGCAUCAGCCUGGUCACGGCCAUCGCUGUGGACACGUGGCUGUGCGUGCGGCACCCACUGUGCGCCCGGGGGCUCCGCUCCCCGCGGCAGGCCGCGGCCGUGCGCACGGUGCUCUGGGUGCCGGUGGCCAGCUUGCUGGGGCUGCGCUGGGCCCUGGGGGCGCAGGAGGGCGGCUUCUGCUUCUCCAGCAGCUCCAGCACCGCGACCUUCUCACUGCUGGGCUUCUUCCUGCCGCGGGCCGUGCUGGUCCUCUGCUCUCUGCGCGUGGUCACCGCCCUGGGCCAGAGGCCAACCGCCAGCCCCGACCAGGCAGAAGCGACCCGGAGGGCCACCCACAACCUGGCCGUGUUCGUGGUCUGCUUCCCGCCCUUCUGCGGCGGCCUGAACACCGCGGCCAUCCGCUACGCCUUCUGCAUCACGGGCGAGCUCUCAGAUGCCAAUUGCUGUCUGGACACCAUCUGCUACUACUUCAUGGCCAAGGAGUGGGAGGCAUCUUCACUGGCCUCGAUGCCCACUGCCAAGGUCCACAACCAGAACUCUCUCUGUGCGACCCUCGCCUAG